AUGUCGACCUGUGGCUUCAUGGAAGCGUGCGGGUCGGCUGCGGGAUCCCUAGGCUGUCCCGCGGUCUCAGACCGUACCGGCAUACCGUCUCCGCACCCUCUGCAUCACCCCCAGACUCUAUUCGGUCAAACCGAAGGCAGCCAUGCCCUUUCGCACAGUUCUAAACUCGGCUACACGGCUUAUCAUAGUCUCGGUCCCACGUCUGGGCUAGGCGGCUCACCGCCUCAUCAGAGUCAAACUCUAAUGGCUGGUGGAAGUUUGAGUAUGGGUUUGACACCGUUUCGAAUCGCUGGUGGAAUGCCUAAUCUCGAUCCAACUUCGGAUGGAUCCGUUGAAAGCUCGCAGGGUCCUCAGCAGCAUAGCGGUGGAUCGUCCGCGUCGCCGUCGAGUUCGAGUACUACGGAUGAAACUCCGAAAUCUUCGUUGGGCACUCCCGUAAUCUCCCUACAGAAGCUCAAGUCGUUUUUGUCGCACCACAAGAUUUUCUCGACGUUACAAAAUCAUCACCAGCAGCAGCAGCAACAGCAGCAGCAGCAGUACCAACAACAUCAACAGGGUUCGAAUUCGUCGGGAGGUCUCAGCUCCCAGUUGAAUCCUCAGCAAUCUCAGCAGCAGCAACAGCAACAACAACAGCAGCAGCAGCAGCAAUCUCAACAAGUGAAUCCGCAGCAGGGGACCUCGGGACCCGUGUCUAGUUCGCCGACGGGGGGAAGUCCUUCUGGGUCGCUUGGAGGGCCCAACCAUCUUUUGCAAUCUCAUGGCCAACAGGUGUUAACGGCUACAAACGGUGGCGGUCAUGCGUCGCUCUUAUCUUCUGGUCACUCGGCGAGCCUCACGGAAGAUGGUCGGUCUUUGGAGCCACAACUUUCCUCUUUGACGUCAAACGUGAACGCGAUGUACGGGAGUUCGAACCUGAGUCCUGUCGGCGGCCCUCGAGUUCCGAAUCAUCAACCCAAUGGACAUAAUAUGUUGCUCGUGGCCCCGCCGAUCGGGACCAAGGGUAGUCCUCUGAAUCCGGGAGUAAAUGCAACUAAUCCCCGGAAAUACGCGUGCAAAAUGUGUCCUCAGAUUUUUAACUCCAAGGCCGACUUGCAGCUCCAUACGCAGAGCCACAUGCGGGAAACGAAGCCCUACAAGUGUAGAGAAUGUUCGAAGUCGUUCGCCAACUCGUCGUACCUGUCUCAACACACAAGAAUCCAUUUGGGCAUAAAGCCCUAUCGAUGCGAGAUCUGCCAGCGCGGAUUUACCCAACUCAGUCACCUUCAGCAGCACAUACGCACUCACACAGGAGAUAAACCUUACAAGUGUCGCCAUCAAGGAUGCAACAAGGCGUUCUCGCAGCUCAGCUCGCUGCAGAGUCACAGCCGUUGCCACCAGACAGAUAAGCCGUAUAAAUGUAAUUCGUGCUACAAGUGCUUCGCCGAUGAAGCAUCGUUGCUUGACCACAUCCCGAAGCACAAAGAAAGCAAACAUCUCAAGACGCACAUCUGCCAGUACUGUGGUAAGAGCUAUACGCAGGAAACUUAUCUGGCUAAGCAUAUGCAGAAGCAUGCGGAUCGGCUAGAUGCCAAACAGCGAAACAGUAUCGCGUCAACACUUCAAGGCCUUAGCGGCUCGGCCUUGGCGUCCUCAGCUACGGCCUCACCCCGUAGCGAUCCCAAUUCUUUGUAUUGGUCGAAGACGCCAACUCCGCCACAGCCACACCUUGAUCAUCUGAAUCCGUGUCACCUUGAUCUGCAAGCUCAGAGCCAGCAAACUCACCUCGAUCAGCUUAAUUCGUCCUACGACGGGAAAGGUUCAGUGUCGGCUUUCACGCCGAUCCAGGGUAUGCUUCCUGGGGGACAGAUGGGCCAUCCUCAGGGUGGACCGCGGAACCCCUAUUUCGCCUACGAAACUUUUCCCAGCAGCGUGGCGAUGAAAACCGAGAAACCUUCGGCCAGUUCGUCGUUCCCCAAUCAGCUUAUAUCGUUACAUCAGAUACGUAACUUCGCCUCGAUGCCAAGCGCAAUGCUGAGCCAAGAGAGAGAUUCCAAGGGGCAGAAUAAUCCGCAGUAA